CCGCCGCGCUGCCCCCUGGGACAUGGAGUUUCGCUUCGGCGCAGCCCUGCCGAGAGCGGCAGCAGCAAACCACAGCUCCCAGAGCGCACCGGGGUGCGGCGCCUGCCCGGCUUCGUCCCUGAACGCGGAACUGAGGCGGCUUGAGGCGCUGACAGGCCGGGGCGUGCUCCGGCAGGCCAUGGCAACGCUGGGCGCCUAUCGCUGCAUCGAGUGCAGCAGAGAAGCGGCGGAGCUGUACAGGGACUACCAGCGCGGGGUGCUCCGUAUCUCCAUCUGCAAAUCGUGCCAGAAACCUGUGGACAAAUACAUUGAGUAUGAUCCUGUUAUCAUCUUGAUUAAUGCUGUCCUAUGUAAAGCACAAGCAUACAGGCACAUUCUUUUCAAUACAAAGAUAAAUAUUCAUGGGAAGCUCUACAUAUUUUGCUUGCUCUGUGAAGCAUAUCUCAGGUGGUUGCAGCUACAGGAUUCAAGCCAAAAUACAGAUCCUGAUGACUUAAUCAGAUAUGCCAAGGAGUGGGAUUUUUAUAGAAUGUUUGGUAUAGCUUCUUUAGAACAAACUUCAUUUUUGGUUGGUAUUUUUAUUACCUUGUGGUGGAUGAGACCUGAGAUGCUGAAGACAAAGUCUGACUUCAUUUUACUUCUCAAAGCACUGCUGUUAUCCAGCUAUGGAAAGCUUUUGCUAAUUCCAGCUGUCAUUUGGGAACAUGACUACACGCCUUUGUGCCUUGCAUUUAUAAAAGUUUUUGUCUUGAUAUCAAAUUCUCAGGCAAUUAGAGUUACAUUGAACUUGAGCCGAAUGCUCCCUUGGAUGGCAAUCUUCUUUGGAUUAGUUUUGGAAAAUGGAGCCAUCUGUUUCUUCCAGAAAAUGGGAUGGGAUGUUUGAAAUGUUAGUGCAGAUAUGAAGAAAUACCAACAUACAUGAUCGCUUUCUAAGAAUGAUCCCUGCCAGCAGGCUUCAAAGGCAUAGUGAUAAAGAAGGUCAUAGGUAAAAACAUCUUACAUUAUUGAUGAAUGGACUUUUUUAGGGUGAGUUAAAAUGAGAAACUUCAGAAGUUUGGGUGUUUACCAUGGUAAGCCAUAAAACUUCAGCCUUAGGUUGUUUAUUUUCUAGUUUAAAAGUAUGAAUUCGUUACUAUCCUAAUGGCUUUGUAAAUCUGCAACAUAGCCAUGGCUAUACCAAAAAAAGAAAAGAUACACUGAAAAAGUUCAGCACUGCUACCAAUCACCACGUUCUUGCAGAAAGAGGAGGAAGAAGUCAGUAGAAGAAUGUAAAAGCCAAGUUUGAUAUUUCCUCAUAAAACAGAUUUUUCAGACAGAAGUAUGUGCAAACAACUUACCCUGGCUGCCUUUUCUCUAGUAAAACUACAAUGGGAAACUAAGUUGCAGUCUCCAGAAUGUUGAUGUGGCAAUCAAAAGUAAUAAAAUACCUAAGUUCCAGAGUAAUCUCUAGAAAGUAGUUUUAACUGGGAUGGAAUUUUAUGUGAUGUCAUAAAUGCUGCUUUGUCCUGAAAACUGAAAAGGUUGUGGGCUCUCCUUCUGUAGAGACUUCUAAGGCCUGUCAUGAUGUGUUCCUCUGUGAUCUGUGUUAGAUAGUAUUGUCCUGCUCUGGCAGGGGGUUUGGACUUGAUUAUCUCCUUGGGUCCCUUCCAACCCCUAACAUCCUGUGAUCCUGUGAAUGGACUAAAAAGAAGCAAUACUUUUCUGUUGUGUCACAUGCCAGUAAUAUAUCAGUCACAUACUCUGCAGUGCUAUUAGAAGCCACCAUUGUGCUUAUGCAGCUUUGAGGAUGGAGAAGACAAUUGAGAUCUAUGGAGCUGCAGAAUGAAAGCAGAUGUUAUGCAGAUUUUCAGUCUUCAGAGCCAUCAUUACUGUAUAGCAACGUAGGGCACUCUGCCUUGUGUGGUUUCAUGGCUACUCAUUUGCCAGAACUAACAUAAAAAACCCAAUGAUAUUUCAUAGAUCUAGGAGGAACUUAAGAAUGCCCUCUGUGUGUGGUGGCAGGUUAAGUGUGCAUUUCUGAUGCCUUUGGAAAAGGGCUCUGAAAAAGACUGUUUAAGGGCCUGCCUGUUUAGAACAGUCAUCUCUCUUGCUCUUACUCUUUUUGGUCUUGAGUUACUCCUCUUUCAUAAACUCCUUGUAAUAAAAUAGUCUUCUGUGAUA